UCAUUCUUCACCCAUCUCAUCUCUUGCCUUUUCCUUAACCAAUAACUCAAAAUCAUUUCCUUUUUUCUUCUCCGAAUACCUUAAUAAACACGUUCACAAACCCAAUUUCCCUUACAUUAAAAAAACCAAAAAAGAAAAAAAUUAAAUUAAAAUGUCGACGACAACAUCAGUUCGCCGGCUAAAAGACCGCGGCGGCGCCGGAGUGAAGAUCACCGCGCCUCCGUCCACCAAAAACCUAACCCCACUUUCCAACAAAUCUGGUUCCAUUACGUCCACUGGCGGGGAGAGUCUCCGGCGGUCUGCCGGUAAAGAAAACCCGAGACCGACGUCUCGACUUCGGGCCGCGACGGCGUCGACCAAUCAAAAACCGACGCUUCGUGCCAUGCCGAGAAUGGACAAGGCAGCAUCGUCAUCGGCGACGGCGAACGCAGUUGAAGUUGGCGAGCCACGUGCGAGGUGGUCAACGUCGUCGGUACCGAGAGGUAGGAGUUCUAGUCCAUCAGAGUUCUCUAAGACUUUGUCGAAAACAUCCAGGGUUUCUAAGGUUUCAGUGAAUUCUAGGGUUUUGAAUGACAAAGUGAGUGAAAAUGGGAAUAGGGUUUUGAAAGAAAUGGAGAAAAGUGGUGAACUUUAUGGAAAAUUUGAUGUAAAGUCUGACAAAAUCAAGAAAUCUGAAGUUAAAAUUUCUAAAUUUUGUGAUACAAAAGAGCUUAUCUCAAGCUCAGUUUCAAUAAAAUCAAGUGUGGUUAAUCUUAAUGUGAAAAAUCCUGUUCUAGAUGAAGUAAAGUUGAAAUCUUUGGUCGAAAAGAGUGGGAAUAUUGUUGAGUCUAAUGUUAAAUUUCCUGCUUUAGAGGAAGUAAAGGUGAAAUCUUUGGUUGAAAAGAGUGGUAAUAUUGUUGAGUCUAUUGUGAAAGAUUUGAGAUUGGUGACCAGAUCAAAUAGUCUUUCUGGAGUUUCGAAAGAGAAAUGUGAAAAUGAACAAGGGAAGGUUGGCAUGAGUGUGAAUAAGUACCCGAGUAAGCUGCAUGAGAAGCUUGCCUUCUUAGAAGGGAAAGUGAAGAGGAUUGCAACAGAUAUUAAGAGGACUAAGGAGAUGUUGGAUAUGAAUAAUCCUGAUUCUUCAAAGUUGAUCAUUUCAGAUAUCCAAGAGAAGAUAUCCGGGAUUGAGAAGGCAAUGGGUAAUGUAGUUGAUGGUGAUGGAAAAAUAGGUUUGCUGAGCUGCAGUAAAAAUGAAAAUGUGGAUGCUGGUGAGAAUAUAUCCGGAAUUGAGAAGGCGAUGGGUAAUGUAGUUGAUGGAGAUGGAAAAUUAGAUUUGCUGAGUAGCAGUAAAACUGAGAAUGUGAAUGCUGUUGAGAAGAUAUCCGGGAUUGAGAAGGUGAUGCGUACUGUAGUUGAUGGCGACAACAAAAUAGGUUUUUUGAGUGAAAAGAGGGAAGAAAAACUUGAGGAUGAUGGGAAAAGCUUUGUGAAGGGAUUAAACGUAGAGCAAUUAGAGGCGAGGUUGUUCCCUCACCACAAAUUGUUAAGAGAGAGGACAUCGUUGAAGACAUUAAUGGGCUGUACCAAAAGCGAGGAACUUGAAUCUGUUGAAUCAACUAGUGAAGUGAAGCUUGAGAAGAAAUCUAUUAGUCCUAUUGAUGAGAACCCUAUUGCUGUGGAGUUCUUGGCUUCUCUUAGUAAGGAGCUAUCUAAAGUUACUACUAGGUGUGAGGAUGCUUGUUUGCAGGUUACCAAUGUUCAAGAUGUGGAUGAUGCAGUGAGUUUGGAAAAACAAAAUUCUUCUUCGAAACUGCUCAAAGGAAAAGAUAAUGUUGAUCAUCUUCUGGCAAGUGAUGAGAGACUUGAAAGUUUUGAUGAUCAAGAGAAUAAACCAGAUAUGAUCAUGGAGGAAGAGCCGGAAGAUAGUUGUACUUAUGAGCUCAAUGAGAUUGGCCGUAAGACUUCUACUGGAGGGUGGUUUGUCUCUGAGGGAGAAUCUGUUCUCCUCACACACGAUGACAGUUCUUGCUCCUUCCAUGAUAUCGUGCAUUGUGAGGAGAAAGCCGAGUAUAAACCUCCUGUUGGGGUCUCAUCAAAUAUGUGGAGAGAUUGUUGGAUAAUUCGUGCUCCUGGUGUAGAUGGUUCCUCAGGGAGAUAUGUUGUGGCAGCAUCUGCUGGAAAUUCCAUGGAUUCAGGUUUUUGUUCCUGGGACUUCUACACUAGAGAUGUGCGAGCCUUUCAUGUCGAUGAUGGAUUUAGUACUACAAGAGCACCCCUUGCUUCAUUACCCAAUAACCCAAUGUAUCGGAGAAAUACUCUAUCAUCAAUUAUGGCACCACAAAAUCAGCAAUGGUGGUACAAACCUUGUGGACCACUCAUCGUAUCAGGUGCUAGUUGCCAAAGGAUGGUCAGAACUUAUGAUAUUCGUGAUGGAGAACAGAUCCUGAAAUGGGAUUUACAGAGGCCAAUGUUGGCUAUGGAUUACUCAAGUCCCUUGCAAUGGAGAAGCAGAGGAAAAGUAGUGAUUGCUGAGACAGAGGGUCUUUCUUUAUGGGAUGUCAAUUCUAUUAGUCCUCAACCACUGCUUUCUGUAUCAUCCUCUGGUCGCCAAAUUUCUGCACUACAUGUAAAUAAUACAGAUGCUGAGCUAGGUGGAGGAGUUCGACAGAGGGUUAGUUCCUCCGAAGCGGAAGGAAAUGAUGGGGUGUUUUGCACUUCUGAUUCCAUCAAUGUAUUAGAUUUCCGUCACCCUUCUGGUAUAGGACUAAAAAUACCAAAGGUUGGUGCAAAUGUACAUUCACUUUUCUCCCGCGGAGACUCUCUAUACCUCGGCUGCACUACUGUGAAAUCUGCAGUGAAAAGACAAGUUUCCUCACAGAUCCAGCAGUUCUCGUUGCGCAAGCAGAGGCUUUGCAGCAACUAUGUAUUGCCAGAAUCAAAUGCUCACUCCCAUUACAUGGCUUUAACACAAGUUUGGGGAAACUCAAACUUUGUUAUGGGAGUUUGUGGACUCGGGCUAUUUGUUUUCGAUUCACAUAAGGAUGAUAUAUUGCAAUCUUCCAUUUUGGAUCAAAACAAUGGGCAGAAUUUGAGAGAAACAAUUGGACCUGAUGAUUUGUAUUCUCCUUCUUUUGAUUACUUAUCAUCUAGAGUUCUUCUCAUAUCAAGAGAUCGACCAGCUAUGUGGAGGUAUAUGUUUUAAGUGUUAUAUCUUUAGGUAUAGUUGCUAAGUUAUUUUGUAACUUAAUAUGUUUAAUGCCCUUCUGGUUUGAGGCUUUUGGUGUGAUCUUUACAGUAAUCCUUUUUUCAGUGUGGAGGAACUAUAGAAAGAUUUGUCCUUAUAGCAAUGAGGACAUUGCUAAUUUAUAACUAGCUUCUUGUUUUGUUUUGUUC